AUCUCUAUAUCUACAAGAGAGGUCAGGUCCCGUGACUCGUUCGGAGGUAACGUGUACGCAGAUGGAUUGAUUACUGGUGGCUUGCGAAGGACGACGGCGAUGGGGCUCUGGGGCUGGCCGUGGGGACGGCCAGGCCUCUCGGGCUUCGGCGCGGCGUCCACUGCCGAGGAGGUCACCGCCGGCGUCGACGCCAGCCAUCUCACGGCCAUCGUCACAGGAGCAACAAAUGGCAUUGGAAAGGAGACAGCCAGAGUCCUUGCACUGAGGGGAGCAAAAGUGAUCAUAGCAGCAAGGACACUGGAGAGUGGCAUGAAGGUGAAAGAGAGCCUUGCAGAUCAGGUCCCAAAUUCCAAAUUGCAUGUCAUGGAGAUGGACCUGAGCUCUCUCAGCUCCGUCCGCAGCUUCGGGCGGUCCUUCAACUCGUCUCACAAGCAUCUCAACAUCCUCAUAAACAAUGCAGGGAUAAUGGCCUGCCCUUUCCAGCUAUCCAAAGAUGGGAUUGAGCGGCAAUUUGCUACGAAUCAUGUUGGUCAUUUCUUGCUGACAAAUCUCCUACUCGACAAGCUGAAAUCAACUGCCAGAGAGACCGGCGUGCAGGGCAGAAUCAUAAAUGUAUCUUCUGUUGCACAUAGAAGAAGUGAUGGUUCAUGCUUUGACUUGAAGAAGCUAAACGAUAAGACUAGGUACAAUCCAUUCAUUGCAUAUUCACAUUCCAAACUAGCCAAUAUUCUCCAUGCAAAUGAGUUAUCCAGGAGUUUUCAGGAAGAAGGAUGCAACCUGACUGCAAAUUCCCUGCAUCCUGGAGUAAUCGUCACCAACAUCGCUCGCUACGUCGCAACAAACAGUGUGCUGGUUUCAAUCCUCUCCGUGGCAAAGCCAUUUCUGAGGGGCAUACCCCAGGGAGCCGCGACUACAUGCUACUUGGCAUUGCACCCUGAUCUGAAAGAUGUGUCUGGCAAAUACUUCGCGGCUUGCAACGAAGUGAUACCGACUGGCGUCGCAAGAGAUGCAGAGCUGGCGAAGAGGCUAUGGUCGUUCAGUGAAGAACUUGUAGGGAUCAGUGCGGAGAAGAGACCUAAAUGAUAUGAUCUUAUCCAUGCGCGCUGGUGCUGCUAGCCUACGAGAGAACUAGUGUAAUGGAGACCAAAAUAUUUCGUAUUACAAGAGUCAGAAGUAGUUGUAGCACCACAACUCCAAAAUGCAAAGUUUCAUAAAUUUGUUGCAAUAAUCAAAACAAGGAUCUCGAUAGUGAUGACA